GAGGAUCAGUCUGCUGCUGCUGCUGAGCUUCACAACCAUGUCGACUCCUACGGACCAGGACCUGGGCCGUGCGCUCUGCAUCAUCACCGGGGCCUCCAGAGGCUUCGGGCGGACCAUCGCGAGAGAGAUGUCCCGGUUGGUGAAGCCCGGCUCGGCGCUCGUCCUCACGGCCCGCUCCGGUGAUGACCUGCGGGCUGUGCAGGCGGAGCUGGCCGAGUCUGAGGCCGGCAGAGCGGGCCUGCUGGUGGAGUGUGUGGUGGCAGAUCUGAGUCAGAUGCAAGGACUGGAGAAGGUUGUCACAGCAUCUAAGGACGCUUUCUCUGAGGAUAUUGAUCACGUUAUACUGGUCAACAACGCAGCCUCCCUGGGGGACGUGUCCCGCUACGCCAAAAGCUUCACCGACAUGGCCGAGGUGGACUCUUACUUGUCUCUCAACGUCAGCUCCUCCCUGUGCCUCACCGCCAACGUCCUGCAGGCUUUCCCACAGCGUCCAGGUCUGCGCCGCACCGUGAUCAACAUCACCUCGCUGUGCGCCCUGCAGGCUUUCCCCUCCUGGGUGCUGUACUGCACCGGCAAGGCCGCCAGAGAGAUGAUGUUCAAUGUGCUGGUGAAGGAGGAGCCGGACCUCCGGGUGCUCAGCUACUCUCCAGGGCCUCUGGACACGGCCAUGCAGGUGACGGCCAGAUCCAAAACAGCCGAUCCCAACCUCAGGAAGUCCUUUACCGACAUGCACGCUCAGGGCACGCUGCUCACCUGUGAGGCGUCCUGUGCCAAGCUGAUGAAGCUGCUUCUGGAAGACACCUACGCAUCAGGAGCUCACAUCGACGUCUUUGACCUCUAGAUGCUAAAACUUACUCUUAUUACAGAUCAUUUCUCUGUGUGCCUUGAUUUCAAUUGAAACCUACCACCCAUGUUGUAGUCAAGACCAUCUAAACCGAGACCAAAACCAGAGUGUAUCAAGACUGAGACCAAGACUUUGAGGGGUUGAGACCAAGACCAGAUAAGUGUGAGUCCCAGAUCCUCCUCAGAUUAGUCUGAAAGACCCACAUUCCCAUAAAAACACCCACAGAAAUCAAAUGAAGAUUCCUCUUCCUUCACCUCUUUAAUUGCCAUAUUCAGUGUUUAUGUGUAGACAUUGCAGAGGUGAAUGUUAUGUGUGUGAAUGUUCCUUUGUUUUCUCUGAGCAAUCACAGUAAUGAUGUUUUAAUCAAUGUACAGGCAGUUUAGUGAUAUCCCCACGGUUGAGACUAGACCAAAAAAGACAUGGUGGUUGGUAACAAGAUGGCCAGUUUGAGCAUUGCCAAGACCAAAGUUGUGAAUAAUGAACAUAACACGAAACACCUCAGUUAAUCAUUUGCUAUGUAGCAGGAUGCCAUUUGUAGAUGUUCUAGUGCUUUACUUCAGGUGCUUCGGCUACAUAAUAAAUCAUCUCCAGCUCACACAUAAUGCAAGAUAGCAACAAUUUUACAACACAUGACAUCAGGCCUUGUGUAGCAUUUAGGGGGAUCUAUUGGCAGAAAUGGAAUAUAAUAUUAAUAACCAUGUAUUCAUUAGUACGAUAGAGUAUUAGGGCCACAUCGAGAAUUAAGUCAUAAUAUUACGAGAAUAAAAUCUUAAUUUAAUGAGAAUAAAGUCAUACUAUUUCAAGAAAAAAA